AAAGAGCCCAGUUAAAACAGUCUGAGGCAGGGUGGGUGCUACGUUUUUUGGCAAAAAGAAAACACAAAAAAACCCCCCUGAACAUAAUUUAGAUGAAAGAUUGUUGCCUGAAAACCACAAGCCUCACAAAACCCAAUCCAUGCUUGGAGAGUGAUGAAUUUUCCACUAGGACAAACAGAAAUCACGGAAGGUGGAGACUGUGCCUCGGUGCUAAAAGCAGGAUUAAACAAAAAAGAAAACCAAGCUGGUGUCACACAAGGGCGGGGGGAGUUGGGAAAGCAAACGUGGACCAGGAGCCGGCAGCUGUGAAAGCCUCUCUCCCGUUUCGUUUCAAGGUGGGGAAACGCGCCCCUCUGCCCGCAGGGCGCAGCAGGACCCGACGGCGCACACAACUUCACUUCUGCAGCCCCUGAAGCCGCCUCUGGGCUGGCGGCGGCGGAGCGGAGGAGGAGGAGGGAAGCCGAGUCGUUUAGGACCCAGCAGGCAGUGGCAGGCGGCUGCCGUGUGUCUCGCUCAGACUAAGAGGGUCCAGUUUUAAUUCCGUCUCUAAUCUCCGCCGCAGACAGACGGCCGCGUUGCCCCGACAGCCACGCUCGUCCGCGCCCCGCGCCCCGCGCGCCCGCCAUGGGGAGCCGCGGGGGAGAAGCGGCCCCGGCGGCGCGAGCUUGAGGGCUGGCGACACCCGGGAGCGCGACAUGAAGACCCUGGUGCGCCACGGGCUGGCGGUGUGCUUGGCGCUCACCACCAUGUGCACCAGCGUCCUGCUCGUCUACAGCAGCAUCGGCGGCGGCGGCCAGAAGGAGCCGGGCGGGCGGCGGCAGCAGGUGGCGGUGGCGGCCUCGGGCGAGCCGGAGAAGCUGCAGCAGCAGCAGCCGGAGCUGGGCAGUGGCCCGCGGCGCCCGGCGCUGCCCGCGGGGACGGGGCUCCUCGAUGGCUACAUCAGUGUCCUGGCCCACAAGCCUUUAAAAAUGCAUUGCAAGAGUUGUGCAUUAGUAACCAGUUCUGGACACCUCCUGGGAAGCAAACAGGGCAACAGAAUUGACCAGACUGAGUGUGUCAUACGAAUGAAUGAUGCGCCCACUCGAGGUUAUGGAAAAGAUGUUGGAAACAAAACUAGCCUUCGAGUCAUUGCGCACUCUAGCAUCCAGAGAAUUCUACGAAAUCGCAAUGAACUGUUAAAUAUGAGCCAAGGUACUGUGUUUAUCUUCUGGGGUCCCAGCAGCUACAUGAGGAGAGAUGGAAAAGGUUUGGUUUACAAUAAUCUGCAACUGAUGAACCAAAUACUACCUCAGUUAAAAGUAUAUAUGAUUUCUCGGCACAAGAUGCUUCAGUUUGAUGACCUUUUCAAGCAGGAAACUGGCAAAGACAGGAGCAGACCUUGUGUGACCCUAGUGACAGAAGGCAUGCCCAGGAAGAUAUCCAACACUUGGCUUAGCACGGGAUGGUUCACAAUGAGUAUCGCAGUUGAGCUCUGUGACAGGAUAAAUGUUUAUGGCAUGGUGCCACCGGAUUUCUGCAGGGAUCCUAAUCAUCUUUCAGUACCUUAUCAUUAUUAUGAACCUUUUGGACCUGAUGAAUGUACAAUGUACAUUUCACAUGAGCGGGGACGAAAGGGCAGUCAUCAUCGUUUUAUCACAGAGAAACGAGUAUUUGAGAACUGGGCACGGACCUACAACAUUCACUUUUUUCAACCAGACUGGAAACCCGAAUCACUUACUAUAAAUCACCCUGAGAUUAAACCGGUGUUCUGAGGAAUGAAUGCACAAGACUGCAAUCACAAUCACCUACUGUAUCAGGCUUCAGGGUAUUGAACCUCUGCUAACAGCAAGCCAGCCUAAAAGAGAAAGGUUAACAGGAAUUGUGGAUGAAAAUGCUACAAUAUUCAGGAAGUUACUGUGAAAGAAUACUUAAAAGGACAUUUUGUAUCAAAGUGUAUCUUAAUUCAAUAUACUGUAUAAAUUGUCCAGCUAUCUGACUUCCUGUAUGUGUAUGUGAUUUGUAAAAAGCAACCUGAACAUCAUUAAUGAGAUAUUUAAUUCCUUAUGGUUUUUUAAGGCACAAUGCCCCUGAAUUUUCAUAGUGUAAACUUAUAGCACUUAUUUAAUAGAGGUUUUUAUGCAACCUAGGCCAGUAUUUUUCUAAUUCACAAUUAUGUGGUGAUUUACCUUUCAUAAUCUGUCAACUCCCAAAUUAAUAUUGCUGAUGGUUUAGGAAGGCCUAGCUUCUUGUUUAGAAGUUUUCUCUUUGAAAAAUAUGAUUCUAUCUAGCAUGUAAUUAAUAUUUGAUCUGGAAAUGUUGUAUUUCUUUUUAAAUGACUCCAGCAUGGAGUCAUUAACAGCAAGAACAUUCCCUUGUGAAGGUCUAGUUAAGACUCUACAUUCUUAUAGCUCAUGUUAAUAUGAAAAUGGCAAAGAAAAUUCCAUUUGAUGUAAAUGUACAUUUGCAGCUGUGACAUCAGGCUUCUCUUUUUUUUUAACUGGAUGGGGGAGCGGCAAGGCAAGGUAUACUGCAUUAUGUUCUUAGUCCUCAUCACCAUCUGUGGCAUUGUAUAAAUAAUCAGGAAAUGAGAGGAGUCAAUGUUGGAGGUCUAAGAGCUUUGUUAAGACAGCCAGGAAGUGGAUUCAAAUUACAUGAUCAGGUGCCUUCCCCUCCAGAAGACAGUGGUAUUUCUUACACAAUGAUCUCAGUCUACAUCAACCAGAAGAAUAUAUAUCAGUUGUGGUUUAUCAGCUUGCCACUCCAAACUUACUGCAUUUCAUUGUUUCAUUAACUUUACCAACUUUUUCCUUGUAGAUUCUGGAUUGCAUUAAAGUUAAGAUCCUGAGUAAAUUGAGUUCUCUGGGUCUGAAAUGGUCCUGAUAAAGACAAAAAACUUGGCACUUUCUUCAUAAUGCACUCAAGAGUGCUAGUCCCAGCAAAUUGAAGUGGUGGACAUGAAUAGUUCUGUAUAUGGAAACUCACAUUGUGUCUUACUGGAUUAUAACUGGCUUCUGAAUAAAGAGGAUUUCAUUUGCA